AUGUCGGAGGGUGAAGAUCAAUCGCCGCAACGCAUGUCCACGAGGAUACAAAACCGUGUAAACUAUUUGGAAAUGUCUCAAGGAGAACGAGAUGAACCUGUAUUUCGAACUCCAACAGCAAGCACAAGAGGAAGGAAAAAGCGUGUCGCUAAUAACGAUUUUAAUGAUUUGUCGCAGAGUUUUGGAAACUUAUCGUACAACACCCCUCCAAAACGAGGUCGUCCUCGCGGAACAACUCUAGGAAGCGCGCGAAGGGGCCCCGCCAAGAAAACCGACGAUGCUGCGGCCGUUGAACAUGACGACAAGACACUGUUCAGCGCCGUGAAAUACGGAAAACGCAUUCCAGAAGCCGUUGAUAACUGGAUUCAGCUUUAUGAUACCAAUUAUCCACAAGCAAUCACUGAUCUUCAUCAGUUUUUUAUUUCCAUUUGUGGUUGUAAAGGAGUGUUGACUCCUCAAAUGUCAGCAACAAUGGAAUUUGCGGAUAUUAUUCGAAGAAUGACUGAAGAUUUUGACGAGGAUUCUGUUGACUACCCGCUGGUUCAAAAUGGCCAAGGCUUUAAGAAAUUCCGCACGAAUCUACACCAUUUCCUCCACACUCUGAUUGAAAAAUGCAAAUCUUCAUUAAUGUACGAUAAUCGGCUCAUGGAUGGAGUUAUCCAGCUUCUCACGGGACUGGCAGACAGUCAAGUUCGAGCCUUCAGACAUACUGCAACUUUCGCAGCUAUGAAAAUAUCAUCAGCCCUUGUCGAUGUGGUCAUAGAACUUCAUUCCGUCAAAGAGAAGAAUGCGAAGCAGAUUGAAACUGAAAAGGCGAAAAUUAAGCAAAGCGGAUCCGGAAAUGAAAAGCUAGAAGCUCUGCUGACCAAAAAAAAUGAGCUUGAAGAGAAAACUGAUGAAGUGAGGCAAAUGUUGCAAUAUUUGUUCAGAUCAGUUUUUGUUCAUCGAUACAGGGACAGUGUUCCUGAUAUUCGAUCAAUUUGCAUUGUUGAGCUAGGAAAUUGGAUGUUCGUUUAUCCAGAGCAUUUCUUAGAAGAUUCUUAUUUGAAAUAUAUUGGAUGGUCACUUUACGAUAAGAUUGGAGAUGUUCGAUUAAGAUGCGUUCGAGCACUCAUGCCUCUUUUUGAAAAGAACGGAGUUUUAGAUAAGCUUGAGUUGUUCACUAAUAAAUUCAAGGAACGUUUGGUGUCAAUGGUUCUUGAUAAGGAUCCAGAAGUUGCUAUGGAAGCCUGCCAUUUGAUGAGAUCGAUCUACACUGUUUUCCCCACACUUCUAACUGUUCAAGACUGUGUGCCGAUCUAUGAAUUAAUUUAUGCGACGAAUCGACAACUAGCCGUCGCUGCUGGUAUGUUCUUGAACACCAAAGUGUUCCAGACGGCCGAGAAGCCAACAAAAUUGCCGAACCCGAAGAAUGCGCCGCUGAUUCAGGAUUUGAUUCAAUUCUUUAUUGAAGGAGAGUGUCAUGAUCAUGCAACGUAUCUUGUUGAUUCUCUUAUUGAUACGAACCCUAUUAUUAGAGAUUGGGCAACGAUGGCGGAUAUGUUGCUGAACAAUACUAAUGAAUUGACGGAACUAAUGGAAACCAAAUUGAUUGAUAUAUUGGCUUGUUCGAUUCAACAAUCGGCUACUGGAGAAUCUCCUGUUGGAAGAGUUAUUGUUAAACGUGGUGCACCGUCGACAAAAGAAUCUCGAGAGCAACUUGACGACAAGAUUCGACUCACUGAAAUUAUGAUUCCGGCCAUCCCAAAUCUCAUUAUGAAGUAUAUCUCUGAUCGCGAUAAGGUCGUCAAUUUGAUCACAAUUCCACUUUAUUUCCAAUUGGACAUGUAUCUCGCAGCAAGAAUGCAAAAUAAUCUGAAUGAACUUAUGAAGGCAGUUGAAGCGUUAGUCGAAAAGCAUGUGGAUGAUGAGGUUCUAUAUGGUGUUGCUGAAGUAUAUUCAACUCUUUCGAGUCAUCCGACGGUCGGGCCACAAACGGAGCCGGAGAGAAUGAAGCUUAUUGAUGGAAUGGCUCUUCAAUUGAGAAGAUCCGCUCAACGAGUUGAGGAAGAGCAAAUCGACGACGAGGAUGAAGCGAAUUUCCUGUGCUCCGUUCGUCGCAUCUCCGCGUUCGCUAGUUAUAUGGACCUUGGGAAAUGGGAUAUGUGGGAUUUGAUGCUGAAAAUUGUGUCGAACUAUGAUCGCGUGGAGACGAAGCGAGAUGUUUGUGAACGCGCUAUUACAAUGCUCUUUAUGCAACUAAAUUUUGAUUUGUACAAUAUUUGCAAGGAAGAAGAACACGCCAAGCAGGAUGCGAUCAAGAAGUUGAAGAAACGAAGAGAUCAACUUGUUCGCCAUUUGCAAGACACUUUGGAAACUGGAGCUUCAGGUGUUGAGAAAGCUUAUUUGUCGAUGUGCGAUGUUUUAAUAUUAUUCGGACCACGUCUAGCAGACUCGAAUCAAAAGGGCAAUUUUGAGCAACUUGUUCUUCGACCGAAUGAGGAAACUGUUCGCGAAUUGAUUGCAUUCCUCAAAUUGAACGCAUUUUCUACGGAAGAUUUGACAAAACUGGACCAGCAGGAGCAAAUCGAAUUGAUGCACAAGAAACGAAAGCUUGUCUCGCAAUUCUCGAAACUCAUUAUUUAUGGAUCGAUUCCGAUUGAGAAUCUCAUUCAUCUCAUGCAGAAUUAUGUUACGUAUUACACAGAUUUUGGAGAUAUAUUUAAGAAUUUGUUGUGCAAAUGUCGUGAAGUGGAUUUUGUUGAUACUUCAACUGCUUUGUUGGAGACGCUGAAAUCGAUGUUUGAACAAUUAUUGUCAUCGAAAAAAGCAUUGGAUCCACUUUCUGACUCGUUCAAUGCGUUGAGAGAUUUGGCAAAAAGAUUUGCUUCUGCUCUUGGAAGCGAUUACAAUAAGAAUCGCUAUGGUGUGGCAAUCGUCCACAAAUCGAGUAUCGAUUUUGCGUUCGAAGGGUUUGACAAGAAUGUGAUGACGGCUGACCACGAUCCACCAAAAAACUUGUUCUUCCUCGAAAUUGCCCUCGAGUUUAGCUCGAAACUCAUUCCGCAAGACAAAGUGGCUGUAUCGAAAUACCUCAACAAGGUUUAUCCAUGUGCACUGCCUGGAAAAGGCGAUUGGGAACCGUAUAAAUUAUACGUGGCGUCGCUUGCGGAUAAGAAAGAUUUUGAUGAAACCUCGUCGGUUCGCAGCUUCUCGACUGUUCGAUCGGAUUCAACUUAUCGCUCGAGUGUUCCAAGAGGCCGCGGCCGUGGACGACCUGCUCGCAAAAUUGUUGAUAACUUCUAA